AUGCAUCAAAGAACUCGUUCUCCACUUGAAAGCCUCAACCUCUCCCUCCACAAACUGACUAGCGACAAUAAGAUGGCCAUGUUCCAUCUUCACCUGUCACAAGAAGCGAAGCGCCAGAGAAUACAGGACAAAAUAAUCGCAACCCAUGCUGGGAUUGAGGAACACUCAGCUGGAUAUUUGAGGCCAUGGCAACUACUGAAGCUGAAGAUCGACGCAUCUGAAAUCAACAUGAACAGCCAAGAUAUAAUCAAAUUCAAACCGUGCUUUUUCUCCCCAUUAUCGACUGACACUAUACGGAUAUGCCUCUCGAAGCAGCUAUGCAAGAAUACCUCAAAUGGAGGUAGCUUAGGCUAUGCAGGACCUGGCAACACACCCUCAAGCACAGCCACUCAGUGCCCACUGAUCCUUGAUCUCUUCCGAGAAAAAUAUGCCACCUCCGUACGCAAAGGUUUCUGCUUGGAUAACCUGACAACUCUCCGCGAGUGUGGAGCCACUAGUAAGGGCAAGUGGAAGCAGCAGCCAGGCCUCGAACUAACCGAAAAGCUUUCUACCGAGAGUUGGCAAAUACUGCGCAUUCUAGAAGACCUGGAGCAUGAAGUACCCCAUGCUGUAUGCGACAUCCGUCAGAAUAUUCAGAUCGAUAAGACGAAGGGGCUCACAGUGGCCGAAGUGAAGGCCAUUAUGAGAGUUAUGGCUGUUCGCAUAGGGCUGGACUGUUACAGACGGCAUUCGAUCAUGCCAAUUCUGGCUAUAUCUUACCUCAAUAGAAAGCAAGGACGGAUUUUGCAAGCACACCAUAAUGGAAAACGGGUUGUCAUCCAGUACACGAAAGUGCUAGAGUUUGAUGGACUUGAACAUCACCCUAUCGAGCUCUUCCUCCGCUACUACUGCAGCCAGCCAGUCGGAAAGACCGCCAAUAAGCAGAAAGAUUUAUCGUCGAGAUAG